GGAAGAGACGCUCAGUAAGACACGAGUGUUCCGCUUCCAACCUCAGACAGAGAUAAAGUGAGGUAAGAGCAAGAAAGUGAGAGAGAGAGAGAGAGAGAGAGAGAGAGAGAGAGAGAGAGAGAGAGAGAGAGAGAGACUAUGAAUUGACGCAUGAGAAGAAUAACCCUACAGGAACUGACAUUUGGAGAAGUGAGUACGUUCACACUCAGACAUUCUGACGGAGGCUGACAAACCACUCUGGCUAAAAGCUCUCAGAAAUGGACUACAGUUUCCAAGGAGCUACAACAGACAGGAAGCCCCCUGCACUGCCCAUCAAACAGCGCAGGAGUCUUUCCUCCAGUUCAAGUUCUGCUCCAGAUCUACAGCUGGAGGGGACCCUGAAUGUGCCUGGCUCUUCUCCUCUUUCCUCACCUUUUACUGAGGUGUUUGCUGCCCUGACUGACUGCAACGCUGCCCAGUGCCCAAUCCAUCACCACUAUGAAACUUCAGGCUAUCACCAGGAGAGAUUCUUCUCAGACCAAACACCUCCUCCAAUUCCCAAGAAGAAGUUGGCACGGACCUUGUCACUGCCCACAGAUACUCUGUUCCCCCAUGUCCAGAAUCCUCGCUGCUUUGAAAGUCCACCUUACAUGGCUGAAAACCCACCACUGGACCAUUCUGGAGAGCAUAAGAAGGAGGAUACCCUUAAGGCCUACUGCUUCAACCAGUUAACCUUUGACACCCCUGAUCAGCAUCUUCCAGGCUUUUUCAGCAGCUUCUGUCACCAGGAGCAAGUGUCCUCCUAG